CCAAACCAAGACCAUAAAUAAAUUUAAUUUAAUUUAAUUAAUUAGGAGCACGUGCAGUUUGUAGGUUUUGUCAUUAUUUCUCAUUAAAUCCGCAUCUUUCCUUAUAUUAUAUAUAUACCACAAAAUUAAUUUCCCCCACACUUCCUUCUCCCCCAAAACCCUACAUAUAUACUCUCUCUCUCCUCCCUCUCUUUCUCUCUCUAGUUUAUAUAUAUAUAUACAUAAAGGAUCAUGCACGCGGAUCGGAGCUGAUUGUUCGCUACCUCCAAAACCACUGCAAAUUCAAAGGAUUUAUGGUUGCGGUGAGAUCGAAGCUGUCAAAUCAUAUCGCUGCUUUUCUUCCUCCUGUCUCGGAUUACAGUCAAAGAUUAAUCGAUCGAUGUGUGCAGUUCCUUCGGUGAUGGCGUUGAUUUGCUACGUAGCUUCUUCCAGCUGUGCUUAGGCCAUAGCUGCUACCUUCCAAUCACUGUUACUCACUCUCCUUCGAAUCUGCAACUGCUAACCGAAUCCGAAUCUGAAUACAAAAUUAUGAACCGUGAUUCCUCGUCAUUGCUCCGGCGGCGGAUAUUGGCUUUGUUUCCGGCGGUGUUUGCCGUCGCGGUGUUGCUGGUAAUCAUUGACGUCUAUGAAGAUCAUCGCGUAGAGUUUAUGCAAGCUGCAUCUCGAACGAGAAGCAUCCCAGGCGGUCUCCAGAACAAAAGUUGUAUCACUCUCUCAAAUCCCCACCGGAAGCUGCUUAAUCACGCACCAAAUUCGAAGAAAAAUCGAAAAAGCGACGACAACAACAAAGACGACGACGAAGAAGAAGAAAACCCGAGAGUGGAGCCGAGCCGUAUAUGGAGUGACAAGUGCUCAAAAUCCGACAUUGUUAUAAGCCAAGGCGCGACGGAGGCGCUCCCGAACGGCAUCCCAACGUACACGGUGGAGAUCAUGAACGUGUGCCCUAACGGCUGCGACAUCUCAGCCGUCCAUCUCAGCUGCGGCUGGUUCAGCUCGGCGCGGCUCGUGAACCCGCGAGUAUUCAAACGGCUCGGCUUCGACGACUGCCUGGUUAACGACGGUAAGCCUCUAGUUAACGGCCGUACGCUCUCCUUUCAGUAUGCUAACACCUUCCCCUUCCACUUCUCCGUUUCCUCCGUUACCUGCUAGCUUUACCUAACUUACUCAUUUUCAUCACUUUACCAAAUUUUUGAAUAUAUAUAUAUAUAUUGUUAGGUAGCCAAUUAAUUGUAAGUAAAUGGGUUUUGGGGGUCUUUAAUGGAAGAUUAGGGAAGAAAUUAAUCACGAAAAAACAUAU